UGAAGCGCACAUGUUUUACUUCAGUUUCUAUCUGUAGAGGAGACCAGCACGUUCACAGAGAAAGGCAAUUGUACUAACUGCUGAAGACAAUGAAUAACACAACUUGUGUCAGCCAUGACUUUACAGGAAGAUUUCUGCCUCCUGUUUACAUCUUGGUAUUAAUCAUUGGUCUGGUAGCCAAUGGAUGGGGACUCAAGUCUUUGCUGCACAACUGGAAGAAACUGGGUAACGUCAAUGUUUUUGUUCUCAACCUUGGACUUACAGAUGUUUGGUACCUGCUCACACUCCCAUUUUUGGUGGUGUACUACUUUAUGGAUAGGAAAUGGAUCUUUGGAGAUGUAUUCUGCAAGAUAACAAGAUUCUGCUUCAACCUGAAUUUAUAUGGCAGCAUUGGCUUCCUCACCUGUAUCAGCGUGUACAGGUACCUGGCUAUUGUUCAUCCAAUGAGAGUGAUGGGAAGAAUAACCAACACCCACUCUGUGGCUAUCUCUGCCAUGGUUUGGCUGUUGGUGAGUGUACAGAGUCUUCCAGACAUGUUCUACACAAAAAAAAACUCCCACGCUGAAUGCAUUGAAACCACUAACGAAAAUGUUGAGGAAUACCUGAAAUACAACCUUGGAUGGACACUCAUUGGGUUCUGUAUCCCCUUCCUCAUCACACUGGGCUGCUAUGGACAUGUGAUUGUUGUUCUCUGCCGCACAAAUACAAUUGACAAGGAACUGAAACAGAAAAGUUUAAGGUUGUUGUUCAUCUUGAUUCUUCUCUUCUCUGUUUGUUACAUCCCCUAUAAUGUACUCAAGAACCUGAACCUCUGGUCAAGAGUUUUGUCAAGAAAAGGGGUGUGCCAUAAAUGGUCUAAUGGAGUCUACAUUGCUCGUCAGAUAAGUCGUGGCCUUGUGUGUCUGAACAGUGCUCUCAACCCUCUGGUUUACCUCAAUGGAAAUGAAGAUAUUCCUGCUCAGCUCAGACGAUUACUCCAGCGAGCUCGUCAAACUGUCACACGGGUGUCAUUGCCCCCUACUCAACUUCCCCUGGCGUAAAUGGUCUGAUAUGAAAUUGAACAAUUUUAUUGCAGCAUCUGCCACUAUAACACAUUUGUUGUAAAGAGUCAAGCUUUUGAUCUAUGUAUUUGUCAUGCUGUUAACACGUUUAAAAAAGCUCAGAUUAAAAAAAUUAAAGUCAUUUGAACAUG